CUCAACAAAGAUGGCUACAAUGCUUCCUGUUUAGAGCUUUCGCCUUUAACAAAGAUGGUGUUUAUGGCACUGGUUCCCUAACAUUCUGGAUUCCGGGUGUAGUUUUUUUCUUUUUUUAAGAUACGUGGUCGCAGACGGAGAAAUGGAGGCCAGAGACAAGCAAGUGCUCCGUUCACUUCGCCUGGAGCUGGGUGCAGAGGUUUUGGUGGAGGGACUAGUGGUUCAGUACCUCUACCAGGAGGGAAUUUUGACUGAAAACCAUGUUCAAGAAAUCAAAGCUCAAACGACAGGCCUCCGGAAAACCAUGUUGCUGCUGGACAUCCUGCCUUCCAGAGGCCCUAAAGCCUUCGAUACCUUCCUGGAUUCCCUACAGGAGUUUCCCUGGGUUAGGGAGAAGCUAGAGAAGGCGAGGGAAGAAGCUGUAUCUGAGUUGUCUGCAGGUGACCGGAUGGCUGGGAUCCCUUCGCACGUGCUGCACAGCUCCCCAUCAGACCAGCAGAUUAACCAGCUGGCUCAGAAGCUGGGUGCCGAGUGGGAGCCCGUGGUGCUGUCUCUGGGCCUGUCGCAGACCGACAUCUACCGCUGCAAGGCCAACCACCCGCACAACGUGCAGUCGCAGGUGGUGGAGGCCUUCGUCCGCUGGCGGCAGCGGUACGGGAAGCAGGCCACCUUCCUGAGCUUGCACAAAGGCCUUCAAGCAGUCGAGGCGGACCCCUCGGUGCUCCAACACAUGCUGGAGUGAUCCUACCCCCGUCACCUGCUGGGGCUCCUAAGUCUCGCAGGCUGAAUCCUGACCUUCAGCAUAUAUAUAUAUAUACACACACACACACACAUAUAAUUUUCUUUUCAGUGAUCCUUAGAUAAAGGACAUGUGUUGUUUUUUUUUCUACUUGAGAUUACUCAGUAGAUCUCUCACACUGGUUCAACAACAAUUCAUUGGUCUUAAUUGCUUUAAGAUUGCAUUGUUGUAACUGAAGUUUUUAAUUGGGCCGUUGCCUUUCAAUAGGGUAAAUCAUAGAGGUUCAAAAAAAAAAAAAAAUCACGUUACCACAUUACAUGCAGGUAUCCUAUAUAUAAAACAUCCACUCUUAACGUUGCCUGGAAACUGAACUGUGGACUUCGAUCUUCCCAACGAGGAUAAUAAAAAGUGAAUUACUGUAUA